UCCUCUGUGACUGCGAAACCAAACGGGAAGUCCCCUGUUUUGUCUACCAAUCCGAUGAACCCAAACACUGUUACCGCUCUGUCCUCCGCGCAUGCAAACCAAGUGAUGUUCUUCAGAGAUGUUUCACUCGGCCCACGCGAAGCCGAGUUGAGGUUUCGUCUGAUUCACUUAUGGGAGGCUCGAAAUAUAUACACGAAAACCCUGCUUGGACAAGAGAUGCUCCUUAUCGACGAAGAGGUUUGUCAACGUGUUUGGAUUCCCUCUCUAUUUUCGUCUUGAAUCGAGUUUUUGAUUUAAUAUUAGUCGUUUAGAUAUAUUCUCCGAGUCUUACUUUCAGUAGAUCUUAUUAAUUUUUAUUUGUGUUUCUGAAUUUAUAUUUGUCUAUUAUAUUAGUUCCUCCUAGUGAUAUUCUUGGUCUUGCUUCUGAAUUUAUAUUUGUUAAUUAGAUGGGUUUCUCUGAGUGUUAUUAUUGGUUUCUCCGAGUGUUAUUUUUUUUUCAGUAGAUUAGAUUGGUUCCUAUGUCUGCUCUAUAUAUGUCGCUCUAAAUAUGUAUGCUUAAGUUUUCAAAGUGAUCUGACGUAUUCUUUGAUUUGUAUUAAUCGAAGAUUUGAUCUGAUGUAUUGUUUGAUUCAAAUUAAUCGAAGAUUUCAAUUUAUUUUCAGGGAACUGUUAUUCAAGGUUUUGUUCCAGCCGGUCGAGUAGGGACAUUUGAUCUGGUAGCUGGUUCCGUCUAUAAGCUCCGCAAUUUUUUCGGAUCCAGGAACAAAGCUCAGUUCUCGGUUGCUGAUCAUAUCGCCAUUGUCUCAUUCAGUUGGAAUUCUGAUUUAUCUAUUCUUGAGAACCCUCCGGUUCUGAUUCCAGAAGACAGGUUCAGGUUCCACAGCUUCGAGGAGUUUAUGGCCAACUGUGAUUCCAAGGGUGAUCUUUACGGUAAGUCAUGUUGAACUAUGGUUGAUUUUUAUGCCUGCAUUUUUAGUUUAUAAUUUAUCACCUCCAAUGAUUAUUAUUCCAUUGAGUUUUGUUAACUAUUUAGAGUAUUAUUCUGUUGAUUUUUGUUGACUGUUUGAUUAUUCUAUCUCAGAUUAUGUUGGCCACAUGAGGCUGGUGAAUGGGCAGACUCUCACUGACCAUACUGUUCUUGACGAAGUUGCCAUAGCUGAGAAGCGGCAUCUAUGUGUUCAUGUUCAGACACAUGAGUAAGUUUUUUCAUUUGUUAGUUGUUUUCGUUGUGUGUUAUAUUUAACACGUAAUGUUUACAUAUGUAGCGGACCAGUGAUGAAGCUAUAUCUAUGGGAUAAUGCUGCAUCUGAGUUUUGCCAGAAAUUUAAAUCGUAUGGAAGGACCCACACGUUCUUUUGGCCACCACAGUGAACCCUAAGCAUCUUGGAGGAACUCUUUGUCUCACUUCUAUGUCAUCAUCUCGAGUGUUCAUGGAUGACGAUGUUCAGCCUAGCAAGGAUUACUUUGAAUGGUUGAGCUCCAACACAGGUAUUUCUAAUAUGAUUGCUGCUGAGGUAGUCACAAAGCCUGAGCCAGUGACUCUUGAGGAGCUAUUCUCCUACAUUAAGCAGGAAGCUUCUAAGGUUGCUUGGUUUGAAUGCACAGCAACUAUAGAUGAUGUUGUUCAGGGUUCUUCUUGGUAUUAUGUUUCUUGCGGUGGAUGUAAUAGUAAGGCAGUUAAAGGCCCUACUUCUCUGAUGUGCAACAACAAGAAGUGUGAGAAGAGUGAAGUCACAGGCGUACCUCAGUACCUCACGAAGAUUUCUAUUUAUGAUAAGAGUGAACAAGCAGCUUUUGUCAUCCUUGGUAAUGCCGGCAAGGAGUUGACUGGGAAACAUGCAGCAGAAUUGGUUGCUAAUUUCUUUGAGUCUAAUGAGGGAGCAGGAGCAGGAGCUGACCAUUGCGUUCCGGUUCUGCAAGCUUUACUUGAUACAAUAGAGCAGACACGGAAGUUCAUCGUGAAAGUGUCGGACCAUAACUUGAAAGGCAAGACUCAGACCAUAACUGUCACAAAGAUACUCCCACUAGAAGCUCCACUUCCAGCAACGUCCGAUGAUAUUCCUACGACUGUGGGUGAUGGAUCUGCUUCUUCCAACGGCUUUGGAGAUUCUGCGGGUGAUAGGGCUAGAAAAGCUGCUGAUAGUCUUGAGUCAGAUGAUGCCAAGCGUUUCAGGAGUGGCUGAUAUAGCUUCAGCAUAUCUUCCUACUGUUUUUACGUUUCUAUAAAGACUUUGCCUUCUUUCAAUUUCAAUCUUCAGACUUUUGACUUUUUAUGUUUAAGUUAUUUUGAUACAAUUUUCGUUAUAUGGUUUUUACUUAUCCCUUUAAGCAUCUACUUAUCAUAAUAUGAUCUUUUUUAUGUUUUUUUCCUAUCAUUUUAGGCAGUUCACGUUAGAAACAUACGAUUAGGAAUGUUGAUAACUUACAAUUUUCCUUGAACUUGGGGACAAACAUCCGAGAAUGUAAUAAUCUAUUAGUUGUAACCGUAUAAGCUUCACUUACUGAUGUGAGGAUUGUAUUUUCAUGUCCCAAGUUAUUUCCAUGUUUUUUUGUGUUUUUUUAUUAAGUAGCAAUUAAAAGGAUGAUAUACGGCUGAUUUUAGUAUCCACGAGUUGAAUAUAUUUAUAUCAGAUUAUUUUUGAGAAUGUCUAUUUACCAUAUUUGUAAAAUCAUUGCUUUAGUAAAAGGCAAGUAUUCACAAAAAUCAAGCCCUUCUUCUUCUCUCUACAAAAAUGCUAAUAUGCCUUCUCUAAAACACAAAAAAAAGACCUGCAAGUUUUUCCGAGACCCAUAACUGUUCACGCAACCAGAUCUCUCCAUCUUCUUAAAAGUGUAAGUUUUUUAAAUCACCUAACCCUCUCCAUAAGAAGUUCCAUAUUCUAAGAUGUUUAUGUCUUAUUGAUCGCAUACUAAGGUUUGAAUCUUGGGAGAAAUGGGGAAACCACCUUCGACAAGCAAUCUGGACACAUGAGGUAAGACAAAUAAUUAUUUAGCUGUUUCAAAAUAAUGAUUUUACAUAUUUAGUCUGAUUGACUAAGGAUGCUAGACUAAUUAUGCUACGUACUUCUAUAUCUGCGUAAGAACAAAAUUACACUCAGGAGGUCUUACAAAUCACUGCAUUUUAAAUACAAUUCUGUAGUAUUACUCACAACACGUUUUGAUGAGAUGAAUCCGUGUAAUAGAGUGCAUGAACCAUUACUCGAUCAAUAAGUAUAAGUUCCAUCUUUUUAUAUUGACCAUCUGUAACAACCAAUUUGUUACAUUUGGCAUUUUGACUUCAUUGGGGGUUUUUCCCAAAGAAACAUUGAUUUCUUAUUCACUUAUACUACUUUUGGUAUAAAUAAAAAUUAUUAACUCUGUUAUAAAAUUCAUUUAUAUGUUUACGAAACUGAUCUAAAAUUGUAUUUGAGAAGAUAUCAAUUUUGAAGAUGUAUAGUCUCGUGCAAGGGUGGAGUCGUUGACUUUUUUCCUUAAUAACUCUAUGUCUUACAAUAUUAGUUUUGAUCUCUGUACUUACGAUCAAAUUAACAAUCAAUUAGGUUAAAUACAUUACACUACUUUGGGCGUGAUUAAUAUGUAGUAUGGAGUAUGAAGAAUUUUUAAAAAUAAACUAUAAUAGCUUUGUGAUAUUUAAUAUUGUAACGAUCUAUGUGAAGUAACAAUCUCUUUGAAAACAAACGUAUGAAAAGAAACAAUAAAAAAUAAACUGUUUCCGGUUGGUUCAUAUACACACUACUCAUCGUUGUAAUAUUAGAGGUUGAUAUCUUAAGACAGUUCUCUUUUCUAUGUUUGUAAAGAAUCACAAAAGUGUAGUUUUUAAACUAAUAUUUAUAAUUUAUAUUUAUGGUAACUACUAAUUUAUUCAUCUUAUAUUUAUGAUAAUUACUAAUUUAUUCAUCUUAUUAAUAUAUAAUUAAUAUAUAAACUAAUUUAAAAAUAAUUUUUUCAGUCCUAAUUUCUAUAGUUCUACAUCAAAUAUUAAUUUAAAAAUUACUAAUUCCUCCAUUUUGUUUUAAAACACAGUUGUGAAUUUCAUUAUAUUUGAAGUUUAUCAGAAAAAAUGCAAAAUAUUAAUAUACAUGAACAGUAUUGUGUUGGGUGCAAUAAUAUUUUAAAUCUAGCAUCAAAUAUAAAAGACAGAAAAGGUACGGGAGCAAGAACUUUUCAAACCAAAUAUUAUCUUAAAACACUUUCCAAGAUUUUAGAUCAUUGCUGGUUCAUUACCGAAAUAGUAAUUUUUAAAAUAACAUUUUAUAUUUCAAAAGGGACUUUUGAUUUUUAUUUCAUCAUUAUUAAUUUAUAUUUUAACUUCAAUAGUUAUAAAAAAAAAUCAUAAACGUAUUUUUGUAAUCUUAUUUAUUUUGAUUUGGUAUAACUAUUUAAAUAUAAAUUCUAAUAAACUUGAUACUUUGAUUGUUUUAGUUAAACUGAAAUUUUUUUUAGUUAAUUUAAAUGAUGAAGAUGAACAGAUAAAUUUAAAUAAUGUACAAAUAUUUAACUAUCAAUUUUUUUAGAUUAAUGUUACUUUAUUUAGUUUAUUUUUAUUAAUGUGAGAUACAUAUAUACAUACAUAUUAUUAUUUUAAUUGUGAUAUAUGACUUAUCAAUAUAGUUAAUAGUUUACCGUAAAUAACUAUUUAUAUAAAAAAUUGACAUUAAUGAUGGUAUAUGAGUUCUUUUUAUUACCAUAUUUAAAAUCUCUGCAAAACAAUUUAAAUUUUUAUAAGGAAAUUUUACAUCUUACAAUUAAUAUGAUGCCAUGUAAUUAUUUUCUAAAACCAUGUCAUCUAUUUUAAGUGCCAUGACAUCUUUUUCAACGAGAAUAAUUGUAGUGACGACAUGUGUAUAAAUCACUUCACAAAUAUGGUCUAUGAGAUACGUAUUUUGAGGAUUAAAGCAUUAAACUAAAUGAAGUCUAAUUGUCUGAUUAUUAUAUAUUUUGUUAGACCAAAUAAGUACUUAGAUAUUUUUUGAAAUACAGAAGCUUCGUCCAGCGUAACACUAAAAAGAAAAAGAGGACGUCCAAUCGGAUCACGUACGAAAUCAAAAGGUGUGUAUCUAUUGUAAGAUAUACAUUUUUUCCACCUAAAAUGUUGUAUUUGAUUUUUUUUUCUAAUUUUGAGUAUUUCUCAGUUCGUCUAAUAAACGAUAAACCAACAUUCAAACCGAAAUUCUAUGACUGUAAGUUUAUAUGGAUUAUGAUAACUUUCUUUUUUGAAUAACUAUUCGUAUAACUAAGUGGGUUUCACAUUUAAACAAACAGGUGGCUGUAAUAUUUGCGACUCUUAUGGUAAGAAACGUUAGACCAGUAUCUAUAUCUUACCUUAUAUCCUGUUAAACUAAUUAUUUUAAAACAUAUUAGUCAAACAAAAAAAUGCACGUAACAUGAGAAGGUCUAUCUUGCUAUCAAAACGAACUUCAGCACUGUUACAGUGUAAGCAUCAUAAUCAGCCAAAUCUAUUUAGAAUAAAUAUAUUUAUAAUUCUGAUAUUCAUUGUUUAUAUUAUAUUUAGAUGGUCAGUCAGGUCAACAUGGCUUACGACACAGUCGACAAAAAAAAAAGGUACAUACUAUAUAUUUAUUCUAAAUAAGAAAAAUAUAAGAACUUAGUAUAUAUUUGAUAAUAGUUAUUUUCAAAUUUGACAUUUUUUAUUUAAUUAUAUAAUUUGGUGUAUAAAAUUUAUAUUGUAUAUACAUUAUUACUAAAUCUCAUAAACCAAUGUUAAAUCUUAACAGAUUAUAAAGAUCAUUUCAUUAUGACUACAACCAAACAAAAUAAUAGUACUUUCCUAUUACUAUAAAAUGUAUACAUAUAAAUUAUUAAUUUAUACUUUAAAUUGACCAUAUAUUGACAUAAAGUUUUCUAAAAAAAUAAUUAUUUUAUUAUUUAAUAGUUUUGUGUUCAAUUUCGUACCGCCCCAAACUUUGGACAAGCGAAAUUUAUUAAUAUAUAUUAAUUAUUAAAUUAUCAAGUUAUAGAGGUUGUACUAUAAAUCUUAUGAAAUAUUAAGCUCAACAACAAUUCUUAGAUAUCAAACACACUAUGUGUUAACAAUUUUCAAACUCAAUUAAAAUCAGAUAAGGGCUCCACCUCUAAUGCCGAAGAGAACCCAAUCGUUACAUGCACAAAAUGUGGUGCAUUAAUGUGGACUUCCGAGAGCACUGGGACGGACCCCAAAACAGGAGAACCAACAUUCACAAUUUGCUGUAACCAUGGCCAAAUAAAGCUUCCUCCGAUCAACCAACCUCCAGCCCUGUUAGACUUCUUCGUUCUAGGUGGUUUCGGGAUACUAUCCGAGUAUAUAAUUCUGUACUAGCUUUCACAUCAGUUGGGAUGAAAAUGGAUUAUGGUGUGGUGCAUGCGCCUGGUCUUUACACUAUUCGGAUCCAAGGUCAAACCCACCAUAGAAUUGGCUCGCUUAUACCGCAACAAGGCCGUCUCCCAGAGUAUCUCCAGCUUUAUAUAUUUGAUACCAGCAACGAAGUCAGAACCCGGUUAAACGCGAUGGGUCAAACCUCGACAGAAGGUAAUCUUGAUGAGACAACCUUAAUACGCCUAAUCGAGAUGAUUGACGAGAAUAAUUGUUUAGCCAAGUUUUUUCGACGGGCACGUGACUACUACGAAAUCAACGGGAAAUAGUUUACUAUUAGGUUGCUCCCAGAUAAAGGGAAAGGGAAAGAGUACGAUCUUCCGAGUACGAGUGAGGUCGCAGGCCUUAUCGUAGGGAUAUGUCAUCAACAAUUGGAGAACGGGAUAUAGUGGUCCAAUUCCAAUCUGACACAUUGCAGCAGAUACGUGAUGAUCACCCUCUAUACAUAAGCCUCCAAUAUCUUCUUCUGUUUUCAUAUGGUGAGUAUAGUUUUCACCCCGACAUCCCGUUACAUCUUAAGACAGGCACUUCAAGAACAAGGAAAUUCCUAACCCUACGCCAAUUCUACGCUGCCCAGAUACAGACACGGCUUAACCAAGGGAUGACAUUGAUUAAAGGCGGUCGUCUCUUCCAUCAAUAUGUUGUGGAUGUCUAUACGACAAUUGAAGAAGAUCGGUUAAGGUGGGCGAGGAAUAAUCAAGAUGUCCUUAGAGCCGAGCUCUACAGUAAUGUACUUGAUGCUGUUGGCAAGGGUGACACUGAUGCUAAAAUUAUUGGCCAAAGGUUCAUACUGCCGCCAAGUUUCACCGGUGGGCCACGUUACUUAGUCGAAAAAUACUAUGAUGCGAUGGCUAUUUGCAGAGUAUAUGGGAAUCCAGAUUUGUUUAUCACAAUGACGGCAAAUCCUAAUUGGAGGGAGAUAAGAGAGCAUCUUGAGAAAUAUGGUGGAGACUCUCCCAAUGAUAGACCAGACAUUGAAUGUCGAGUCUUUAAAAUGAAGUUAGAUCAGCUACUCAAGGAUUUCAAAAACAGAACUUUUUUCAGGCCAUACACAGCAGCUCUCCACAGGAUAGAGUUUCAAAAAAGAGGGCUCCCACAUGCACAUAUAUUAUUGUGGUUGGGAAACUCUUCCAGGACACCGAGUGCACAGGAGAUAGAUGAGAUUAUUUCAGCCGAGCUCCCAAACAAAGAAGAAGACCCAGAAGCUUACAACUUAGUAAUAAAACACAUGAUCCAUGUACCAUGUGGUGACCAUGUAUGGAGAAGAAUGUGUGCACCAAAAAGUAUCCUCGACCGUAUAAUGACAAUACUUCGAUUGAUAAGUCAGGGUAUGUAUUAUAUCGUCGGCGUCGGAACGAUGAUGCAGCUGUGGUAAAGGAUGGGGCAAUUCUAAACAACAACUUUGUUGUGCCUCAUAGCAUUAAGCUCCUGAAGAAGUACGAAGCUCAUAUUAAUGUUGAGUGGUGUAAUCGUACGAGUGCAGUAAAGUAUUUGUUCAAGUACAUAACCAAGGGUGUUGACAGAGCAUCCGCAGUUAUAGAAAAGGGGUAUACAGCAACUACAUCUGACGCAGUGGUCUCUAGCGAACCGAAGGAUAAACUUAUCAAGCAACGGAAUGAGAUCCAAGAAUUCAUCGAUGUGCGGUACUUAUCAGCUUGCGAGGAUAUGUGGCGGACGUUUGCAUUCCACAUACACAAAAGGAAGCCAUCAGUUGAGAAGCUUAUCAUUCACUUAGAAGGUGAACAUAAUAUCACAGUCAAAGAAACUGAUAACCUCGGCCGUGUAAUCCGCAAGCCUGGUAUUGAGAAGACAAUGUUCACUGAAUGGAUGGUAAAGGCCUCCCAGAGCUCCUACACUGAUAGAGCUAUACUCACACCUCGAAAUGAAACAGUCGAUGAGAUCAAUGCAUACACAAUCUCCAAAACUGACGGGAAGUCAAGAGACUACUACAGUUACGAUAGCUUUGAGAUUUCAGACACUCAAUCUGAUCAAAAUGAUACAUUAUACGCGAUUGAGUAUCUCAAUUCCUUGGAAUUUCCAGGAUUGCCUUCUCAUAAGCUCAUUCUCAAAGUUAGGGCCCCGAUUAUGCUUCUGCGAAACAUAAAUCAAAGAAAAGGAUUAUGUAAUGGUACCUGUAUGAUCCUAACCUACAUAAUCACUGGAAUAAUCGAACGAGUGCUUAAGGCAGAAAUAAUCACUGGCUCACACAUUGGAAAAGAAGUAUUGAUACUAAGGAUUGUUCUCUUGCAUGAUGAAACAAAGCUACCGUUCACUUUACGUCGACGACAGUUCCCUAUUAGAUUGUGUUAUGCAAUGACAAUCAACAAGAGUCAAGGACAAAGUUUAAAGGAGGUUCUCCUAUAUCUUCCUAAACCGGUCUUCGCACAUGGUCAACUCUAUGUAGCACUCUCACGUGUAACAAGCAGAGCAGGACUAAAAAUUAUUAAAGGCGAAGAUUCACACCCACGAAUAGUGAAGAACAUAGUCUACAAAGAAAUCUUCAACCGCCUUCGUUCCCAUGAGAGUAAGUAAAAUUUUAAAAUCAGAAUCACAAUCAAUAUGUUUUUAGUGAUUAUUUAUCUAAUAAUUCACAUUUAUAUAUUUCUCAGUAUUUUAGCUAUCAAGUGAAGAAGUCAAAGCAAAAACUCCUACCCUGAUGAUGGAUAUCUCACUCAUAUCAAGUGCGUCUACCUAUACUAUAAACUAAAUAAAUUGAUUUCUAUUACUAAGUUUUGAUCACUGAUUUAUUUUAAAAUAAUUACAGGCUCCCCAACUCGAAAAAUCUCAUCGCAUCAACAUUUCCUCUUCGGAAAAAUGUCCACCAUCUUAUCUACAAUUUCUAUUUUUCUGUCCUAAGACCUUAGUAUAUCUGUUCUUGGUAACGAUAGUAACUUUCCUCUGCUUUUGCACAAGAGUUAUACCAAACUUUGUUUCCAUAACUGAUCUACUUUUCAUAAACUACUGAUACAUGCAAAACUAAACGACAUAACAAAAGGGAUUUAAUAUAAAAGUUGAUGUGAGUGAACCUCCAACAUUCCCAUUGUUUUGCAAUAUAAAAUAAGCAAGAAAAAAAUAUGAUUACUAAAAAAUCUAUUGUAUGUCCACAAAUGUGCGCAACUGAUUAUAUAGGGUGAAAACAAAUAGUUUCAUAAAAAUAUCUUCCUAAAAUGAAAAAUAAAACAAUAAAAAUUAUAAAAAUAAACUCAACCUAGAUAAUCAUAUAACAAUAAAUAAUAAUAAAUUUAUUAAAAAAAUUUAAUACUACACAAAA